AUGCAGGCCCAUAUGGUAGCCUUUUCCGGCGAAUUUGUCGGCACAUUUAUGUUUCUGUAUUUCUCGUUUGCGUGCCAGAUCAUGCUGGCUACGCAAAGGAGUGAGUCGAGUAUGGCGAACGGGGGGAAGAGCAGUCAGGAGAACAUCUUCACGGCGUUGGUGUAUGGACUAAGUUUGUUGGUGAAUGCUUGGGCGUUUUACCGAAUCAGUGGAGGGCUGUUCAAUCCAGCGGUCACUCUCGGUCUGGUGCUUGGAGGCGCUUUGCCUGCAAUCCGCGGCAUCAUCCUUCUCCCCGCACAACUCCUUGCUGCCAUGUGUGCAGCUGGCCUUGCGUCCGUCAUGUUCCCCGGCGACAUUGCGUUCACGAACACGACGCUCUCCUCAGGGACGGGCAUAGCCCAAGGAGUCUUCAUCGAAGCCUUCAUGACUGCUGAGCUAGUUUUCGUAGUACUUAUGCUCGCCGUGGAGAAGAGCAAGGACACCUUCAUCGCGCCGGUGGGCAUUGGACUAAGUUUAUUCGUUGCGAUGAUGGGCGGCGUCUACUACACCGGCGGUUCCCUAAACCCCGCCCGUAGCUUCGGCCCCGCAGUCGCCAGCACCCAGUUCCCUGGCUACCACUGGAUCUACUGGAUCGGCCCGUUUCUCGGCGCCUCCCUGGCCGCCGGGUACUACAGAUUCGUCAAGGCUUUCAACUACGAAGAGGCGAAUCCUGGCCAGGACUCUUCGAACGGCGAUUUCGUCGAGGAUUAG